UUUUUUUUAUUUGUCAUUUUUUUUCUAUCUUCUUUUGUCACAAUAUGGCGUACAUAGCGCGUGUGUGACGAAAAAAAAUAAAAAAAUAAUAAAAUGCACAUGAUAAAUUUUGUGCUAAAAUACUAAUAAAUAAAUAUAUUAAUAAAGUUAAAUUUAAAAUAUAUUAAUAAAAAAUAUAAUCAUCAAUUAAAGAAAUUUAAAAAAAAAAACUGAAAAAUCAUCAAUUGUCUUUCAGAUUAGGUUUAGCCUAAAUAUAUUGGUGAUUUGAAGAUGGUGGAUUCAAUGGAGUCACGUCUUGUUGCACAAGCAUUGAAUUAUCAUGGACAACAAUUGCAGAAAGUCUGGGAAGGUGAAAGAAAUGAGAAUGAGCUUGCAAUGCUUAAUCUUAAAGAUCCAAAUUUUGAAAUAUAUCAACAAAGACAAAAAACUCUUAGCUUUGGUGACAGAGGAAAACGUUUAAAACUUCAGCAAUUUAUUGCUAAAAAAGCUGACACACUUUAUGACAAAACAAAUUUGGACAAAACAAAUCAAUCAAUCAAUCUGGAAACUGGAGAUGAAGAAUUUUAUGCUACAAUGCCUGGACUUGAUUCAUUUGUAGUCAUGGAAAAAAGCCAACGCAUCAGAAAUUUUCUUGAGAGUUUAAUUGUUGGAGAUGUUAUUUAUGCUCAAGUUAUGGGAAAAAGUACAGCUGGAUUGCUUUUAAAAAUUAUUUGUAAUUGCAGUGAUUGUCCAAGAGUCGUCAUUGAUCUUGCUAUCAAGGCUUUGAUAUUAAAUACAGCAACAGUUCCAGCAGUUGACAAGAAAGGUGUUACAAGAACAUACAUGACAAAUGAUUUUGUUUGUGUUGCUGUUAGUGAAGUUAACGUUGAAGCUGAACGUGUUGUUGCUGUUAUGAAUAUACCACCUCGUGAAGGACAAGUAUUUCACCCACCAUUGGGAUUAAUUCAUAUUGAAGAUCUACCAGAUGCAUACAAAAAAGCAAUGGACAACAAGGGUCAAAGUUAUGAUAAAAUCUUGGAGAGUAGUUCUGGCUUCAAUAAUCCCAAUAACAUUAAAUAUCUUUGUGAUUUAUUGGGACUUGGAAAUGAAAAUCAUUCAAACAUGGUUGGUUUGAGAGAAAGAUUUCCACCAAAUGAAUUUGCUUCUGAAUUACGACAAGUACAAGCUAGUAAAUGGGCAUUUAGAAGUGUUGCUGAUGGAAUUGAUCAUUUUAAAGCUGGUCGUCAUACUGAAGCAUUUCAGUGUCUUAAUAAAGCACUUGUUGUUGAUCCAAAAAAUGUUGAGGGUCUUGUUGCACGUGGUGCACUAUAUGCAAACAGUGGUAGUUUUAAAAAAGCAAUUGAAGAUUUUGAAACAGCAUUAAAAUUAAAUCAAACACAUGCAAAUGCUAGAAAAUAUAUGGCUGAAACAUUAGUUGCACUUGGUAGAAGUUAUGAGGAUGAAAAGAAAUUUGAAGAAGCACAAAAAUCAUAUGAAAAUUGUCUUGCAAUAGCACCACAUCAUAAAGAAGCAAGAAAUUCAAUUGAAUAUAUAAAAGCUAAAAUGACAAAUCCAACAACAAUAAGUCCAUUAGAGCCAUUUAAACCAUUUGAAACUGAAGUUAAACCAAUUGAAGCUAAAAAAGAAAAGAAAAAACGUAAAAAAGAAAGAAAAUCAAGAUCUAAAAAACGUCAAAGAUGGAGUUCAAGUUCUGAUUCAACAUCAUCUGGUUCAUCAAGUUCAUCAAGUUCAGAUUCAAGUAGUUCAUCAUCAUCUGGAAGUUCAACAAGAUCAACAUCAAGAUCACCAAGUCGUAAACGUAAACAUAAAAAAGAUCAUCGUCCAUCAUUGAGUCCAUUAAGUAAAAGAAUGAAUCAAUGUAAUCCACCUGCAGCAUCAUCAAAUUCUCAAGAUGGUAUGUCAACAUCAGCAUUUAAUUCAGCUGGUAAUUCAUCAUCAAAAGAUAAAACAAAUGAUUAUGAUAUGAAAGUUAUGAAAUUUCUUGAACAAACUAAAGAUGAUUCUGAUUAUGAAGACAAGGUUCGAAGAUUUUUAGAAGAAACAGCAAGAUGGAAAAAAGAAAAAGAAAAAAAAAUACCUGAUAUUGAUAAAUCUAAAAAAAAGAAAAAAAAAGAUAAAAAAACUAAAGAUAAAGAAGAUAAAAAAUCACGUAAAAAGAAAAAAAAAGAAGAACGUAAAAAACGUAAAAGUAAAGAUAAACUUGAACGUGAUUUAGAGGCAUUAGAUAGAUCAUCACCUGAUUUAGAACAAUUGGAAUCAAAAUUAAGUGCUUAUCAUGCAAAAGUUGAAAAAAAAACUGUUUUAAAUAGUAGGUUUAAUAGUCAUUUUAAUAAAAUGCCUUCUCCCCCUGAUCACAGUAGUGCAGAUAAAUUUUCUGACAAUUCACGUCAUGAUGAUUACAUGAGACGUGAAAGAGAAAAAGAAAGAGAAAGAGAUGAUGCCAGUAAAUCAUAUCAUGAACGUGAUACAAGAAUGCAGCAAAUGCCACCUCAACAAAGAAAAGUAUUUUAUCCAGAUGUACAACGUAAACCAAUGGAUGACAUGUUUGAUCAUCAUUCAAUGGUACAACAUCAAGAUGAUAAAAUGCCACCUCUUGAUACAGCAACAUUAAAUGCAAAAUGGCGUGCAGCACAAGCAGCACGUCAAAAUGAACCAGCACCAGUUGGUAAAUGGCAAAAUUUACAUCCAGAAAGUAAACAACAAUCAUUAACAGAUGAUGAAAUGGAUGUUAAGCUACAACGUCCAAUGUCAAUGGAUAAAUCAUUUGGUAUACGUAAACAACAACAUCGUGAACAACAACAACAACAAGAUAAACGUUUAGGACCACUACCACCAUCAUCACCACCACCACCUCUAUCACCAAAUGAUACAUUAUUAAAACAAAAUACAAUGAUUAAAUAUCCAACACCACAAGCACAAAAUAAAUUUCAAUCAUAUAAAGAUACAUCAUCAUCAUCAACAAUAACAAGAUCACAAAGUCCAAAUAAAUAUACUUCAAGUUUAGGUGGUAAAUUUCAACCAAUUGGACAAAAUAAUCCACCAGAACCACCAGGUCCAUGUCCACCAUCAAAAAGAAGUAAAGGUGAUAGAAGUGAUAGUGAAAGUAAUGAUGAUGAUGAUAAUGAUGAUGAUCAAAAUAUUACUGGUGAUGAUAAUAAUGAUAGACGUAGAUUAUCAAGACGUCGUGAUGAUUCACGUAAUUCUGGUAAUGGUAAAAGAUUAAGUAGAGAACGUCAAACACGUCGUUCACGUACAAGAUCAAAAUCAGGUUCACGUAGUUCAAGUGGUUCAAGAUCACGUUCAGUACGUCGUUCACGUUCACGUACAUAUUCAAAUCGUAGAUCUGGUAGUUAUGAAAGAAAAUAUAGUCGUUCACAAUCAGGUACAUAUAGUAGAUCACGUUCACGUUCAAGAUCACGUUCAUAUACAAGAAGUCGUAGUCGUAGUAGAUCAAAUGAUCGUGGUCAUUAUCGUAAACGUCAAUUUAGACCAUAUAAUAAUCGUGGUACAUAUUAUAAACCACGUUUUCAAGGUUUUAAUCAUCAAAAUCAUCGUGGUGGAAAUCAAAAUAGUUUUCAAAAUCGUAAUCGUUUUUACAAUAAUAAUAAUAGCAAUAAUAAUCAACAUAAUAAUCGUUUUAAUAAUCGUAAUCGUGGUAAUUACAAUAAUAAUAGAGGUGGAGGUGGUGGAGGACAAAAUCGUGGAAGAAUGAAUAAUCGUGGUGGACGAUAUUUCCAUAAUAAUAAACCAGGUUUUCGUGAUUAUCGUGAUAGUAGACGUGAUUUUCGUGAUAGAAGAGGUGGAUCAAGAGAUCGUUACAGUGACAGAAGUUAUUCACCAGAUCCAAUGAGAAAGGUUGAUGAGGCCAAAGAAAAAAUUAAUAAAAUGUUGGAAGGUGAAGAUGGUGGUGGAGGUAGUGGAGUAGGAGGAGCUGGUAGUGAAAGAAUUGAACAAGUUAUGCCACCAUUACCACCAAAUAAAAGGCAUGAUGGACCAUUGAGUGAGGGUGAAGAAAGAGAUGAUGAUGAUUACGAGAGAUGGACCGAAGCAGAUAAUCAGGAUACUUCUAAGAUGAAAGAGCAACUCACGGGGAUAAUCUCAGAUGGAAGAGAUAAUUUCAUUGAAAGGAUGAAACAACGAAGCAAAAAUGUAUUAAUCCAGAGAGAAGCUGCGGCUAGACAUUGGCAAAUUAUCUGAUUACAUUUGAUGGAUUCAAUUGGAACACACACAUACACAUAUAUUAUUUAAUGACAACAAAAAAUAAAAACAAUCAAUAACAACGUAAUAAGGAUAAAAUAAUAAGUAAAUAAUUUAAAUGACUAUUGGCUGGUACGUUUUAUUAUUAUUAAUAAUAUUAUUAUUACUUUAAUUUUGAUGAUUUAUUUUUUUAGGAAAUAUAAUCAUUGUUUUGAAUUUAUAAUCAUCAAUUAAUUUUGCAAUUAAUAUUUUAAACAAAAAAAAAAAAACAAAUUCAAUUGAAAUUUGUUUUAUUAUUUGAAAAAAAAAAACAAUAUGUAACUUCUUUUUUCUUUUAGUUUAUUUUUGAUUUUCAGUGUUUAAAUUUUCUUGAAUAAUUAGACAUGUUAGUCGAAAUUUUUCUAUAACUAUCUCACUUGAUAUUGUAAAAGUUGAAUGUAAAAUUCGAGAUAAAAAUGAAUUUAAAUGAAUAAAAAUAAGAAUUAUAAAUAUAAACAAAAUUUUUUAAAAGUUUAAUGAUAUGAAAAACAAAUAAAUAUCAACAGAAAAA